UGUGUCCUUCGUAUAGAAAUCACCUCUGUUCUAGUCACCAGCCAAAAUGAUGGAAGAAGUGUCUAUUGCGGUUGCCUACGAUGCUUAUAUUAUUGACCAAAUGUCAGAGGAGGAAAUCUUGGCUAGUCUGGUGGCGGAGUCCUUACCCAAACAACUGGCACCAUAUUUAAAGCCAAAGCUGGGAUAUAACCAAGAUCAAACAGAAGAUCCACUUGACAAAUACCAAAGAGAAAACCGUAAGCUUCAUGAGGCCAGUUUACGUCUGGAGCAGGAGAACGAUGACCUUGCACAAAAACUGGUCACCAGCAAGAUUGCGCUGAGAACCGCGUUAGACCAGACGGAGGACCAGGUGGAUGAAUUGACCAAAGAGCUGCUUCAAACCAAACAACUUCUGAAAAUGACGGAGGAAGAGAAACGGGAGAAGGAAGAGGAAGCCUCACAGCUGAAGGAGAUGUUUAGGAAAGAGUUGGAAAAAGCAGAAUCAGGAUUAAAGAGAUCAAACAACAUAAUCAAUGACUACAAACAGAUAUGCGCUCAGUUGAAUGAUAAACUUGAAAAGCUGAAAAGUCAAAGAGAUGAAGAACUCGCUGUUAUCAAGAGCGCGAUGCAGGAGUGUCCACAGUGCAGUCACAUCUUCAGCAGGGAUGGAUCCAUUCAGUUGUUUGUCAAGAGUGAGGAGAGCUCAGCUCAGAAUGAGGUCCAGGCUUCUCUCAGACAGCAGGUUCAGUUGGAGAGAGAGUUAGCGCAGACCAAACUACAGACGGUCCAGUCUGAAUGCAAGAUCCAGGAGCUCGAGCACCAGAAUACGCUUCUGGUAAAUGAACUUCAGGCUGCUAAGAACACGUGGCUCAAGAAGACGCUGGGCUCCAUCAGGACCGUCACCAGCAGCCAUCAGAGCUCCCCUCAAACAGAUCUGGCCUGGUGCUACACACACAACCCUCACUCCAGCUGGGUCACCAGAAGACUCUCAUGGGCCUAUCCAGAUGGAAGAGCUGCCAAAGUAUGAACAAGGAAACACGUAUCCAGGAGAAGAAACUAUUUCAUGAGCCUCGUGAAUGAUGAAAAGGCUUUUCACCCAGCUGGGAGAACAAACCCAUACGGAUUAAAACAGUGAGAACGUUUCUCAUCAGAGGAUGAGUGCAUGACUGCAAGAACCAAUAUAUGCCCCUCUAUGGUUAAUUGGGCAGAUUUGGAAGUGCAUAUGAGUUCCUUUGGGCGAUAAACCUGCGACCUUAGUAUUGUCAACACCAUCACUA